AUGAAUGGACAAAAUGGCAACGGCAACGCCGUCGAAGACGGCGACAAGCAAGGAGGAUGGACAAUAAGUAGAGCAUUGAAGAAACUUGAGACUGCAUUCACUACAGACCUAAAUGAUUAUGGGCCACUCCUUAAAAAAUGUCAGGAGGGAGUAACUAAAUCAUCCAUAUCAGAUUCAUCACAUCAAAAUAUUUUAUGUAAUUAUAUAACUUCUGCUGUUAGAGGUACUUAUGGGAAUAGAAAAUCUGGUGCAGGUUCUGUUUUCAGUGGUUUAAAACGUACUGAACGUUGUUAUAUUUUACGAAUAUGUAUGAAAUAUUUAAUAAAAAAUUAUUGUGUAAAGGGGGAGGAUGUUACAACCAUUUUAAAGGCAAUGGAACCACAAGUUAAAAAAUGGAGCGUGGGAGGGGAGGGGAAGGAAGAAGAAAAGAAAAAGAAUAGAAGGGCUUUUGGUAGGUGUAUAAAGAAGUCAUGGAGUGAGGAAAAAAAAGGAGAAAUUAAGUUAAAGUGUGAAGUGAUUAAGAUAAUUGAACAAAUUGAAAAAAAUAUCUCCGGAAAAUGGAGCCCAUUGAAAACACUACCUGGUGCAGGAAGUGGAACUUGUUCUACUGCAUCUAACACUCAUCAUGGCAGUCAAUAUGUCAAUGAUUGUAGUGGAGGGGGUUUGACAACAACCACAACAACAACGACAACAGCAACCCAAUCAAAUGGCAGCGACGACGAUGGCGACGACGAUGAUGAUGAUGAUGAUGAUGAUGACGAUGAUGAUGAUGACGAUGAUGAUGGUGUUCCUGCUCCAACAACAACACAAUCACUAACAUCACAUUCAUCAGGACAUGGGAUGAAUGGGAGUUUUUCCCAAUCCCUUCCUGUAAAGGAUGGGAAGGGAGGGAAGGGAAGGAAGGGAACCUUCCUAUCCUUUCCUUCCCUUUCUUCCUUUCCUUUUGACUCGAUUCAUCCUUAUCUUCCUCUAGUUCCUUCUAUCAUUGGAAUUAUCACCAUAACUUAUUUCCUUUGGAAGUAUUUUGGCCAACUGGGUAAAAUAAGACGUUUCAGAAGAGCUCCUUUAAGAAUUCCCGGUCCAUCUGUACAGGAACAGCUCCUCGACCAUGUGGAAGAAGCCGGUUCACAUGAAUAUCGAUUGUUUAAGGAACGAAAACGUCGUUCUGCUCCAACAAGAACGAAACGUUCUGGUCGCGAUCCUGCUCGUAGUGGUCGCGUGAAUCGUGGAACGAUUAUUGAAAUUCAUUUUGAAGUGUUGGACGAAUGUCAAAAAGGGGACACACAAUUGAACCAGAAGGAUUUUCUGGAACUUUUGGUUCAAGAGUUCAUGGGAUCCGAAUUAAUGGAAGAAGAACAGGUUCCUAAGGAAGGGGUUUCUAUGGAAGAGGUUCCUAUGGAACUUGUGCCUAUUGAGGAGGUUCCAAGUUUAGGUUCCCGGUUACUGGUUUAG